AUGUACUUGGCUGAUCAUCUCUCAAGAGCUCCAGUAGUUGAGAGAAAAGAAGCGGAUGAGCUAGAUGAAUUCCAAGUGUUUGCUUUGGAAGUAGAGAACCUCAACCCCUUUGAUGCAAUCAAGUUGUCCCCUGGGAGACUUGAACAGUUGCAAACAUGCACAGCCCAAGACCCAGUUCUACUGACACUGAAGACAACUGUCAUUACUGGAUGGCCAGAGGUAAAAGAGCAAGUGCCCAUCCCUAUCAGAGAUUACUGGCUUUAUCGUGACGAAAUCUCAGUACACAAUGGAGUGCUGUUCAAGAACCACAGAGUUAUCAUACUAAAGCUUCUGAGAGAAGAAAUCAUGUCAAGGAUCCACUCAAGUCAUUUGGGUAUAGAGUCCUGUCGGAGGAAAGCAAGAGUUGUGGUAUUUUGGCCGGGGAUGAACAGUCAGAUCAAAGAAAUCGUGUCCAACUGCCAUGUCUGUGCAGAAUUCCAAGCACGUAAUCCAAGACAACCCUUACAGACACAUGAGAUUCCUGAAAGACCAUGGAGCAGAGUCGCAGCCGACCUCUUCAUUCUUCAUGGCGAGAGAUACAUUGCUCUAGUGGAUUACUUCUCCGACUUCAUCGAAGUAGCCGAAUAA